AUGCAGGUCCCCUUGAUACGCCUCCAAUGCGGGGCCAACUCCUAUGACUGGGGGAAGAAGGGUAGCGACUCUGCUGCUGCCAGAUUUGCAGCUGCAACCCCUUCAGACGGUUUUACCAUUCAAGAUGAUAAGCCAUAUGCAGAACUCUGGAUGGGCACACAUCCAUCCAACCCUUCCAAAGACCUAACCACAGGCCGCACCCUGCUCGAUCUCGUCCAAGACAACCAAGCCCUCCUAGCCUCGAGCGUUGCAUCCAAAUAUGAGAACAAGCUUCCCUUUCUCUUCAAGAUCCUCUCCAUCGGCAAGGCUCUAUCGAUUCAGGCCCAUCCCAACAAGAAGCUUGCCGAGAAGCUCCACGCCCGCGACCCAAAGAACUACCCAGAUGACAACCACAAGCCCGAGAUGGCCAUUGCCAUCACUCCCUUUGAAGGGUUUUGCGGUUUCCGCCCACUAGCUGAGAUCUCGCACUUCCUCGAAAACGUCCCUGCCUUGCGCCAACUGGUAGGCGACGACAAGGCCCAAUCCUUCAUUGACACCGUCAAGGCGAACCCCGACGACAAGACCCAAAACAAAAAGGCACUUCAGACAGUCUUUGGCGCAGUCUUGUCUGCUUCGGAGGAUGACCUCGCAAAAGCAACCUCCUCCCUCGUCGAAGCUGCCUCCUCCCAAGGCGCCGAGUUUGCCGCCGGCGGCGUCUCCUCCACCUCUGGCUCUGUCCUCUCCGAACUCGUAACCCGCCUCCACGGCCACUUCGGGUCCGACUACGGCCUCUUCGUCUUGUUCUUCCUCAACUUUAUCAAGCUCUCCCCCGGCGAGGCUCUCUUUCUUCAAGCAGACGACAUCCACGCCUAUGUCUCGGGUGACAUUGUCGAGUGCAUGGCCUCGAGCGACAAUGUUGUCCGCGCCGGCUUCACCCCCAAGUUCAAGGACGUCGACACCCUGGUGGGCAUGCUGACGUACAACUAUGCGCCUAUUGAGGAGCAAAAGAUGGAGCCGGUGGAUUACCCCUAUGUCACGCUCAACAGAGCGGCGUACAGUUCUGGCUCCGAGGCCAAGCUGUACGACCCCCCCAUUGAGGAGUUUAGUGUAGUCAGGACGGUGCUCAGGGGGAACGGGUCAAAGGCUACGUUUGAUCCGCUGGAUGGGCCAAGUAUUAUCAUUUGCACGGGCGGCAAGGGGAAGAUUAGCGUUGGGCCGACUGUGAAGGAGAUCAAGGAGGGGUAUGUCUAUUUUGUGGGCGCCACAGCGGAAUGCGUGCUGGAGAGCGAGGCGGAUGGAGACGAGGACGAGUUUGUCACUUUCAAGGCGUACUGCGAGGUGGAGGAGACGAGGAAUGGGGCGUGA